AUUGACAUAGAAAUGUCACCGUUGACUGAUAGCCACCACCCGCGGAUUGCCGCUUUCCCUUUUUCCCUCUCCUCCGGUUGAAACAAUAAGAAAAGUUGGUCUCUGCAAAACAAUUACGCGCUUACAUCCUAAGCACUUGGUUUUCCUUUUCCAUAUUCUCUCACCCUUUCUUUUCUUUUUUACUCAUUUAUCUUCUUCUUUUUUGUUUGUUUGUUUCUUGGGAAUUUUUUCCAUUGGAAAUUGAAAGAGGAGGGGGGGGAAAUGGACAAAUUUAAGAGCAUGUUAAAACCCAAGCCCGCUCCACAGGAGCAAUUGAGGGAUUGGCAAAGACGGCUACGCCAAGAGUGCCGCAACAUCGAACGCCAAAUCAGAGAUGUUCAGAGAGAGGAAAAGGGUGUACAGAAGGCCAUUAGGGAAGCUGCCAAGAGAAAUGACAUGGGCUCAGCAAAGGCACUUGCCAAGGAAAUUGUGAUGUCAAGAAAAGCUGUAAAUCGUCUUCAUGAAAAUAAGGCCCAACUUAAUUCAAUAUCCAUGCACCUUGGAGAAAGUGUUGCUAUUGCCCGUACUGUUGGUCAUCUCUCAAAGAGUGCAGAGGUCAUGAAACUUGUCAAUAACCUUAUGAAAGCUCCAGAAAUGGCUGUCACAAUGCAAGAGUUUAGCAAAGAAAUGACCAAGGCAGGAGUGAUUGAAGAAGUUGUAAAUGAUGCUGUUGAUACAGCAUUGGAUGCAGAAGAUAUUGAAGAGGAAACUGAAGAAGAAGUUGAUAAGGUCCUGACUGAAAUAGCUGGUGAGACAGCUGCACAACUUCCAGAAGCUGUCAGGAAAGAGAGGACAAAGUUACCUGCUCAGACAGCUAGUACUUCAAGAGAAGAAGAAGCUAUAGCGGAGGGUGUAGACGAUGAGGAAGAAAUGGAAGAGUUAAGGGCAAGACUUGCUAACGUAAGAUCGUAGAUUUUUCCCUAUAUGUAUGUUGCUUAUUUCCUUGGUAUGGAGUAGAAUGAGUUUGUUUAUGAUGAUUAUAACCAAUAGAUCUGUUAGAGAUUGCAGACACAAAAAGAAGGAAAAUAAGUCAAAUGUAUCGAAUGCCAUAUUUAUAUUCUUAUAAUAUCCUUACCAUGCAAUUGGCAACUCUCCAAUUGAAUAUUCUAUUA